UACAUUCUUUUCCCCUCACCUUUUUCUCUCCUCCCCUCCCCUCCUCUCCCAUUUUGUCCUACCUUUUCCUCUUUUAUUGAUAGCCUCUUUUAUACCUUGUAUUAUUACCACUAUAAUGUUCCCCUUGGCCUUUUUUUGUCCCCUGCUUUCUGCCCCCUCCCUUCCCUGCUUUACCUUUUGUCUUUCUCAUCUCUACCUAUUUACAUCCUCCCUGACAUCCUGCCACACUUUUAGCUUCUCUCAUUCCUUGGAGUCUCAGCUACAACCAAAAACUCAGCAUUUUUUAAUUUGAUAAUUUAUCUGGCAAUGGUGGGGUUGACCGGAGGAUGCUCUGAACCACAACUGAGGAAACCAUAAUCUUGAAAUGUGUCAGGGUGUUGAAACAAAAGGAGCACCAAGUGAAGGAGAAAAAAUCACCUUAGUUUGCAGCUAUUUGUGUCUUUAGCUCUUAAUAAUACACAGGUAUUUUGAAAUGUUUGCAAUCUGCAAAGAUAGGAAAGAAUAUUCCAACUAGCUUUAAAUUCAAAGGAAGAAAUUUGCAGCACAUGAAGGAUUUGGAGAAUUGUGAACCAUAAAUAAAAGGAGAAUUUCAUUUUGCUACUAUUCAUUUACACAGUUUCCAAGGGCUUUCAGCACAUUUCUGCAUUGCAACGUGGAAAAGGGCAUUUGGCAAUAACAUAGGCGUGCAGGUUUUUAGCAGUGUUGGUCUAAGGACAUAGGCAGGCAAGGUUCUUUGGGCGAAUCUGAUACCUUUUCUGAUGCUGGCCGUUCUGAAGCAAAGCUGCAGCAUGCAGAGGGUUAACAAGCCCUUUGGAGGAAAUGCAUGCUCCUGCAGAGCAAUAAAAUUUCAGUCACAGCUGGGGAGAGGAAGCAGUUUCUGGUCACUCUUCUACCUGUCACCAGCUGCUUUUUGCUGCACAACCAAAGACAACAACAUGCUGGAUAAGACCGCGCUGCUGGCCGCUGUCACCAUUUUGGGAGUCCUGGAGCAAGCCUAUUUCGCUCUGCAGGUGAUCUCUGCCCGGCGGAAGUACAAGGUCUCCCCGCCAUGCGUGACGGGCCCCCCUGAAUUUGAGAGAGUCUUCAGAGCUCAGAUAAACUGCUCUGAAUACUUCCCCAUCUUUGUCUCUGUCCUGUGGGUGGCUGGAGUCUUCUUCCAUCAAGGGGCGGCUGCAGCCUGUGGGCUCCUCUACCUGUACUCCCGGUACCAGUAUUUCAGGGGCUAUGCCCUGGCUGCUCAUGCAAGAUUGGGUCCCAUGCACUUCAGCGCAAGAGUCCUAUGGAUUCUGAUUGGUAUGGCCAUAGUGGGGCUCCUCAUCCACUUCCUGUCUCUCCGCCCACUAAUACUGAGAGAGGAUCUUCUGAGCAAACUGCACCGCUUCCAGGGGUAAAUUGUACCCGAAGCCUGAGCAAGACCAAGCGAGGGCAGCGCUCGCUUCACAAAAUGUGCGAAGAGCAGGAGGGUGCUGUGGCUGACGGGCUGUAAGAUACCUUAGCUUGCGCUGAGCUGCGUGUUCUGUGCAGUCAAAUGCCUUAAUAAAAGGGGGACAGUAGUCCUGUGAGUUCAGACGCUCCACCUCAGAAGCGGUUUCAGUUCUAGGUAAGGUGCUGUGCUCCACCUCAUCCCUGGCUUAGCUUUCAGAGUCCCCCCUCCCCUCUACAGCAUGAACAUGGAUGCAGAAAAGCACAAGGGAGAGAAAAGGCCUGACAUGUAAGUGAGCAGAUACUUUCCUCUUUCCUCUCCCAGAGCACGUGCACCCGCUGCAGUCAGGGUAGAACACUUGGCCACCCAGAAUCAGGUUGGGUAAAUGAGAGGGUGUAAAAGGGUACAGGAAAUCUGAGUGCAAGGGACUCUUUCCAGCAGGCACCUGUAGUUCAAGGAGUGUGUUACCACACGCUGCUUCUCUAGACAAACAUGGACUCCAGGCUGAUGCUUGCAGCAGCUCGUACCAUCCAACCUGACUGUCCAAGGUGGAUUUACACUAAAAUUGCCAUUUUUCUGAGGUCCCCUGGGUAAUGCAGACAAGACAGUGGACCCACAAAGAGGCUGGAGGUCCAAGUCAUGCAGUUACUUGGGAUGGGAAUAGGAGGAGCAACGGCUGUUCCUGCAGGAUCAGAACUAGCUUGUUGACUGCAGACAAGUCCCCAGGAAAGGCAGUACUUACCCCCUGCUAGAGCUGCCACAGGCUCUUUCACUCUUCAGAGGAUCCGAAAGGGUGUCAGGGAAGACUUGUUACGUUAAGUGAUCUGGAUUAAGGCAUGCAUUUGGCCAUAGCUGAAGGUGUGGCUUAACCAAGUGUGUCAUGUACCUGCUGGUGCUUGGCAGGACUGCAA